AUGUCGUAUUGCAUCGCGCAGCGAUGGGGCAGGCGGAGGGCAGUUUAUACUCUGCUAGAAGCGCUGGUCCUGGGCUGCCGCGGCCAGUUUCUUUCAAGGGUGCUCCCGAGGCGGAAAUUGGUAGCGAGACGCUACGAGGGGAAGCGGGUGGUCCCAGAUUCCGGGGACGAGGAGAAGUGGGAUGGGCCCAUGCCGACCGAGGCCGAGGCUGAGGGAUUGCGCACCAUUACCAACCCGAUGUGGAGGCACAUUGGAGGCGCACCUUCUCUGAUCACUAAUCUGCGCACCACUUUUGACGUCUGCCAUGCCGAGCUACUGCACGUCGAGCUUCUCUCCGUUGCCAUUCCUUUGUCCGAGAACUACCUUGGCAGCGCUCAAGAUAAGAAAGAUCACAUGCACUGGGUAAAGGAUUGA